AUGUCGCAAUCACAAGUGCUCCAAGCCCGCAACGAGACAACCACCAGGCUCUAUGCAGACCCUCACAACCCCCACCUCCACCUUGAAAGAGGCCUUCAGUAUGAAAAACUGGGCUUCCCCGAUCUCGCUUCUGCAGAUGCAUACCGUGCUCUAGCAUUGCUCGAGUCAGUAGUUGACCCAGAUGAGUGCGAGUUCCAUGCCAGACGGAAGGUAGACCCUUCCCAACAGGCUCCCGAAAAAACAGCGGAGGAAUCAGACGAUGAAGACGAAGACGAUAGCACAGUACCAACCACCCAAGAGGAAUACGAUGCCAUCAUUGACCAGGUCUAUGUCCUUCUAGUACGCAGUCUCGUCCGCUGCGGCUGCUACCGUGAUGCUUUCGAAUUUGGCGUGCGCGGGUUAGCUCUUCUCGAAAAGAGAUCCGCAACAGCCGCAGUAUCUGCGUUGAACGAGCAAAUGGGUCGCGUGAAUCAAAUUUACAAAUCUCACACUGGCUCUGAAACCGACAUCGACCUGGACUCUAUAGACCCUAGUGUUCUUCCCGCACAAGGCUUCGCCCGCCGUAUCCUCUAUCCCUGGAACGAGCACGAGCCUGACCGCCGCUCACCAGAGACCCUCAACAUGCUCAACGAGCGACUAGCAGUCAUCGCGCCGAAGUGUGAAGUCCGCGCAGUGGCUUUGCCCGUACUGCACGCCUCAGCAGAAGACGACUCCUCCAAGAUGGAAGUCUCCGUUCAGCUCGGCCUCUUCGCGAAAGAAGAUAUCGCCCCAGACGAGAUCAUCCUCCGCGAGUCAUCACUACUCACAGCAACCAACCGCCUCCACGAUGAUCUCUGCGACGCAUGCAAUGCACCACUCCCAGACCUCUCUGCCGCCGAGCCCCCCGUCGCAUGCGAGGGCGGCUGCGUAGACAUCAUUUUCUGCAGCCAGCAAUGUCACGAUACCGCGCAGGAGGUGUACCACGGCGCGAUCUGCGGUCUCGAGGACGGCCUUGACUCUAUCGGGAAGGAUGUCCCCGAUCCCAAGGAUAAGGCGGAUUACCUGUACCUGCUUCUGCUGGGCAGAGCGCUUGCCAUGUCUGCUACACAGGACAAACAUGCGCUCGACCUGCCAGAGGUGAAAUAUAUCUGGGGCGAUUUCCACGAUUUCGAUAUUGAGUCUGUGUCCGCGGAAGCAGAGACAAUGCCCACUACAGACGAUACCGCGACUCUCCCGUUCUCGUUCCAGCUCAAUGUCCUGCAGCCCGAGCGUUUCCUUGAUGAAAUGGGUCUGGAUCCUUACGUCGAGCUCUACCGUUUCGAUACAUGGGUUCUGAAUACGCUGUUUGCCAAGUUCCGCGGUACGGCGUCAGGCCGGUUGUCGACUUGGGAUGGAGGUCCGGAGUUGUGUGCUGUUCAUCCGCUUUGGUGUCUUGCGAAUCAUUCGUGUGAUCCUAAUGUGACCUGGGAAUGGAGUAGUGAGAUCAAUUUCCGUGCGCGGAGAGAUGAUGAGACGGCUGUGUGGUCGCGCGGGGGUGAGAUGAAGGAGCUCAGACGUGGGGGCAUUGCGAAGGAUUCGGAGAUUCUGAGUCAUUAUUGUGAUAUUGGGUUGCCGGUUCAGAAGAGGAGGGAGUGGGCUGCUGGAGCUUUGGGUGGGACUUGUUUAUGUGAUAGAUGUGUUUGGGAGGCUGGGGAGGUCGAGUAG